AAGUGAGUCUGCGUCAGACGGUUGUCUGCGAUUUCAACGACCCAGAUUCAGUCCCGGGUCUCGGGCUCUUGUUUUAUGUUCCCCGAGCUCCCCAUCUCUAGUCUUUACCGCUUCUUCUUCACCCGGCUUCCAGAGUCAGAUCAGACUCACACCCCACAGAAGCAGUAAUAUCACCGAGCUCUCUGCUUUAAUUUGGCUAUCGAAAACAGGAAGAAGGGGAAAUGAAGAUGUUGUUGGGGAAGAGGCCUCGUCCUCCAAUGAAGAGGACCACAAGCAUAUCAGAAAUCAGCUCGGAUCUCGGCACCGCCACCGAUUCUAACUGGCAGAGUGGCGGUGGGUUCGGUGAUGGGUCUGAUCGGAGGGCGGUGACGGCCGCCAGUACUCUGUUGACAACAACCCAUAGAAGGCACUCCGCCGACUUCACUCACACCCCCGACUUCCUGCGCUCCUGCUCUCUCUGCGAACGUCCACUGGUACCCACCCGUGACAUCUACAUGUACAGAGGGGAUAGCGCUUUCUGCAGCGUGGAAUGCCGUCAACAGGCCAUGAACAGGGACGAGAGGAAGGAGAAGUGCUCGCUGGCGUCAAAGAAAAAGAUCGCGGCUCAAUCUGCUGGAUCCAAGGUCACCUCCAAUGGCGAAACCGUGGACGCCUUGUAAAAUUUCUCCCCCCAGGCACCCACCCACCAUGUGCUCGCCUCUCCUACUUGAUAAAAUUUGUUCAUACACCUCUUUCUGUCUCCCUUAUUUCAUUUCCCUUCUCGUAAUUUUUGUUCUUAUGCUUUGUGGUGGAUGGGGCAGUUGCUCGUCUUCUUUGCAUACAAAUCUACGUCCGGGCUAGUUUUUUAUUGGAAAUAA